CCAGAUUUGAUCUGGGAGUAGUAAGUUUUAGAAGUUUCAUGGAUCAAGAAGAAGAGGAUUUAAUAAUUGCCUGCUGCUUAUAUGAAAUCUUAUUAGAAGAACAACGGAAAAAGGAAAGAAUAAGAAAAAAACGAUGGAUUGAUAAUUUAAAAAAGUUCAGAGAAAGACAGCUAGCUCGUAAACAUCAAAUCUCUUCUCAGAAACUCCGAAGAAAUGAACAUCUUGGUUCUCAUCCAAAAGUGAAUACAUCAAAAGGUCAAAGUCCUGCAAAGGAUCUUAAUAACACUUACUGUGAUGAAGAAGAGAUGUAUGAAAAUAUUAAAAAUCCAGCCUUCACAAUUAAGGUCGAACCAGGUUUAACUGAUGAUAUGUAUCAAGAGGACACAAAGGAUUUCUUGGCAGGAUGCAGUCAAUUAAUAAAAGAGGAACCUGAUUCAGAUGAUAUGAAUCAGGAAGAACCUCUAGAUUCUAUGAUGGAUUUUGAUGACCCACUUUACAUCAAACAAGAAGAUGAGAGUAAUUUAAAUUCUCCAGACGUAAAAAUUAAGAUAGAACCAGAUCUUAGCGAAGAUGAUGAAUCACAUGAUUAUAUAUCAGAGUAAUGUGAAGAAAACAAAUUAGAUGAUAGUAAAGUACAGUGUAUAUAUUUAUUUAUUAAAUGUAAAAUAAUUGUGAAACAUUAUUUUUGUAAAUUUGUUAAUACAAGUUAUUGGUGUUCUAGAAUAAUAUAAAUCAUUUUCUAACAUCUUAAAUUCAAA